AUGGCCAGUCAAGCUCAAAUAAACCCCAAGAAGCAGCAGGAGCUUCAGCUCCAAUAUACGAACUUCAAGAAUACACUCACACAGAUGGCGCAAAAGAUUGGCGACAUCGAGCAGGAAGCAGAGGAGCAUAAACUUGUCAUUGAGACACUCGAACCCCUCCCCGAAGACCGCAAGUGCUUCCGAAUGGUAAACGGAGUUUUGGUCGAGCGAACAGUCAAGGAUGUGCUUCCUGCACUUAAGACAAACUCAGAUGGUUUGAAACAGGUGCUCGACGAACUUGUGAAGCAAUAUCAGAGCAAACAGUCUGAAUUGGACGAUUGGAAGAAAAACAACAACAUCCAGGUCGUACAACCAUGA